UGUUAAACGCGGCGUGUAAAGAACGAGCGGUAACUACUGAAAAGAAAAGGGUGCUUAUCGAACCUCUCUCUGAAAAGCUAGAACUAGUUAGUUUCUUUAUCAUCCUAUAACCAUGGCUUACCGCGGACAAGGACAGAAGGUGCAAAAAGUGAUGGUGCAGCCCAUUAAUCUUAUAUUCAGGUACCUUCAGAAUAGAUCAAGAAUCCAGGUGUGGCUGUAUGAGCAAGUAAACAUGCGGAUAGAAGGAUGUAUCAUUGGUUUUGAUGAAUACAUGAAUUUAGUAUUGGAUGAUGCAGAAGAAGUUCACAUGAAAACAAAAACAAGGAAACCACUUGGACGAAUCAUGUUGAAAGGAGACAACAUCACCCUUCUACAGAGUGUUACAAACUAAUCUAUAGGGCCUUGAAUGCAGAAUAUUAAUUGUGAAUCCAGUGGCAGAAAGUGUUGUGUGCAUUUGUGUUUUUUUUUUUUUUUGUGGGAUUUGUGGGGGAGGCUUUGUACAGUAGGAUAUUUUGAGUGUUCAAUUUUACACUUAAAUAAAAAAAUUACUUUUUACUAUAACCUUUUGAGAUUUUGUCUAGGUAGACAAACAAAUGCAAUGUAUUAUUCCAAACAGAAGUUUCAACAAUUACUUAAAUAUCAAGCAUCAAAUUAAACCUGUAUCAAAGCCAGUGUUUGUGUGUCCAUGAGGAUCAUACUCCUCUUGUAUAAUUUACUGCAAAUUGUGAAAUGUUGAAUACUUACAAGGCCUAUUGAUUGAUAUUAGUUUCAAUCUUUUUUUCUUUGGGACCUGUUUUAGGAUAAUUUAGUGCUUUGUUAGAGAAAUAUUUUUUUUCCUGACUAAGUUUUCUGUCUGACAGUAAAACAAUAUGUUGGUUUAUUUUUAAUACUUCAUUUGAUUGGUUUUCUUUACCCUGUUUUGUAGUACAUUCUCCUUGUACUGCUUUAUGAUUUACAUAAAAAUCCAAGCAGUAACUUUGAGUUACUGUAUUUUUAGCCAGUACCAGCAUUUUUGAAUAUUUCCUUGAUCUUUAUCUGGCAUGUUCACCCGACUAAUAACUAAAUAUAGUACAACUGUUGAAUUAUUUCAUAAAAAGAAGUAAACAUUUGUUCUCCUUUUUUUUUUUUUUUUUUAAUUUUAGUUAUUCUAUGGUUUAAAACAAAAAAAAAAAAAGGUGCACAUUUUCACUAGGUUUAGGAGUUCUAAAAAAAUGCAGCAUUGUUUUAUUCUUGAAAAAAUGUAACACUGGAAGUUUUUAAAUCAUACUGUCAUUGUUAUGGAUUGAAAGAUGAGAAUUGUAGCAUUAUGUGAGAGGCACAAAACGUUUGUUCUCAAAAGAAUGCACGUCUAUCUUUAUUUGUUGCAGAAAUAUAUUUUGGCCACAAGGUGGUGAUGUAUACUUUAGUCUUUACUGUUUGCAACAUGCAGAUCAGAAAUUGUUUUGGGUGCUUGAAUUAAAGUAUUGUCCUUAAAACUGAAGAGGAAUAGAAAUAAGGAGAGAGCAUUGUGUAUUCGUAAGCAAUUAGGGGGUUAUGGGGUGUGUUUGAGAGAUGCCAACUGAACAGACUUUCCUUUUUCUAAUAUUGUCCCAUUUAUGUAUAUUAAAACAUAACUAAUUUAAA